UUGCAACUUUCUCUUUCAGACGAGUGUAAGAAUGUGUGUCAAAUUUUAUAAACAAGCAAGCAAACAAAAUCCUGCGUGGAUUUUGACUUGCAGUACGUUGACUAUUUUAGAAAAUUGGAGCAUAAUAGAAAUUUCACAAGAAGGACUCUUCUCAUAUGGAGACACGGUAUUUUCCCUUACUUUAUAACGUUCUUCAUAAAAUCUUAGAAAUGCUUACUAAAGUCCAUUCUUGUUUUAUGACUUUUUGGCAAUUUUUUGAAUGUUUCUCUCUUCCAGUAUUACAAGUUCAUAUCAUCCACUGCUACUGUUUGAGAAAUCUCUUUCUUUUUUGUAUGUUAUCCCUCGAGUCCUACCUUUAGGAAAACUGUCCUACUAAGUCUGUUCUUCAGUAGAUUGUCUUGGAUAUUCUAGUUAUGCAGCCAUAUCAUCAAGAAACCUUACAGUUUUGUCUCUUUCUUUACAAAUUCUGUUCCUCCUAUCUGAGAUAUGAAGUACAACAGUGAUGAGUGAACUGCUGUCCUCAAAUAAUAGUAUUGAUUUAAGUCAUGUGCCUUAUAGCCUGGAGAUGUUUUCAGAAUCUCUCUCUCUCUCUCUCUCUCUCUCUCUAUCACACACACAUAUUACAUAUACGUCUUUAUAAUUGACCCUAUUCUUCAGUUGUCAAAGUCUCUAUCACUCCCUUUUGUUUUACGCAUUUAUAUUAUAUUAUUUUACCUGACGGAACCCUGAAGGCAUAUGUUUGUAAUCCCUGAUUUAGAUCUUUACAGGUUUUUGGAGACAUCAUUUUGUUCAUGCCACAAUCCAGUUCCAGUGGUAAUGAAUCAUAAUUAUAGUUUAAAAAAUUUCUGAGGUGGCUGCAUCUCUGGAGGCACUGUGAACUCAGAAGAUUUUACUAUUUACAUUUGGCAGGUUCUGCAUGAGCUUAAUUCACCUUGACUUCCAUUUUAGUUUAAAGACUUUCUGACUCUAUGAAAUUCUACUAUUGACCUUCCAAAAGAUUUCAAAAAUGACAAGUUGACAUUUUAUACUAUGCAAAACUUCUCAUUUUGAUUUUUGUUGUGAAUCUUCCUUCUACUUCCAUCCCCUGCUCCUCCUCUGAAACCAAUUCUCUUAAAACCACAUGUCCCAACCCCCGCCUAUAAAAGCAUCUGUGAUCUUGGGUACUUCACACUGGUGCCCUUGGCCCCCAUGCACAGGAUCAGCUGCAGGCACAUUCUUGUGCCACCUUGGUUUGUCUAUUACUUUCAUGCCCUCUCCAUUCCUCUUCUGGGACUACUUGCUGAUGCUGCAAUAAAGUCCAGUCUCAGAUACAGCCAAAUCUGUGCUCUAAAUGUGCUGGUCUUCCCUCCCAUUGUUCUUUGUAAAGAUGAUGGAUAAUUUUAGUGAGGACAAAGUAGUAGAAGGGGAAGCCAGGAAUGCUGAAUGGUCACAGCCCAAGUGGCAGAUAAAAUGUCUUUUUGAUGAACAUUAGUGAGCUAGGGUAUACUCUGGGGAAAGUACAUUACAGGGACUUUGUGAGAAAACAUUAUGACUGGACCCUGUAAGUCAUGCUUAUGUUCACAAGGACUCAAUGUCCACAUAUCCUGACCUUUACAUUGCACUGCCCAUAUUAAGUAGGAGAGUACCUGGCACACAAAUGGCAGAACUUGAAGUUUUUUCUUUUUUCCUUUAAAAAAAAAAAGCAGAUGAUAUUUUGAGCACAACUUGCUAUAGAACAUGAAAGUGUAAAAGUUCUGGCUGUUUGAAGGAGAAAAGAAAAAUAAGUCAAUUUGUUUUAAUGGUAAAAUUAGCUUUAGGUUCUCUCAGGGGCUUAAAGAAAAAAAAGCAUUGAAAAAUGGGAGUGAACUGCAAGAUAGGGUUUGUGUAAGGAGGACCUCAAACCACAGAAGUCACAUGGGCUCUUUCUGCUUUGCUGCUUUUGAUUCCUUGUCAGAAGGUUAUACUUUGAGCUUCCCCCAUCCUGCAAGGCCACUCAACCAUGUGCUAGCUGGAGUAAUCUUUGUUCACAAUGUCUCUACAAAGGCUCGUGCAGCAGAGCAGCAAUGGCAGUUUUGUGGAGUACUGUGCUGGUCCAGCGUAUGCCUCUUACUCCACACUCACAGGCAGCUUUCCCAUGGAUGAUAACAGAAGGCUGCAAAUGCUGGCAGACACUGUGGCUACUUUGCCUCGGGGAAGAAAGCAGCUUGCUCUGACGAGAUCAAGUUCUUUAGGUGACUUUUCCUGGUCUCAAAGAAAGCUUGUUACUGUGGAAAAGCAGGAUAAUGGAACAUUUGGAUUUGAAAUUCAGACUUACAGGCUCCAGAACCAGAACACCUGCUCCUCAGAGAUGUGCACUCUGAUCUGCAAAAUCCAGGAGGAUAGCCCAGCGCACUGUGCUGGCCUGCAAACUGGUGAUGUCCUUGCAAACAUCAAUGGUGUGAGCACAGAAGGCUUUACUCACAAACAAGUUGUUGACCUGAUCAGAUCGUCAGGAAAUCUCUUAACGAUAGAGACUCUUAAUGGAACAAUGAUUCUCAAAAGAACAGAGCUUGAGGCAAAGCUGCAAGUUUUAAAGCAAACCUUGAAGCAAAAAUGGGUGGAGUUCAGAUCUCUGCAUUUACAGGAACAGCGCCUGCUUCAUGGUGAUGCAGCCAACUGCCCAAGUUUGGAAAACAUGGACAUAGAUGAAUCAACUUUGUUUGGAACCCUGCCUGGUCCAGCCCUCCUGGACCGAAAUCGAUUAUCCAGCGAGAGCAGCUGUAAGAGCUGGCUGAGUUCCAUGACGAUAGACAGUGAGGAUGGCUACCAGACAUGUGUGUCUGAAGACUCGAGCAGGGAAGCAUUCAGCCGGCAGACAAGCACAGAUGAUGAGUGUUUUGUCCCCAAGGAUGGGGACGAUUUUAUGAAGAGGUCUUCUUCAAGGAGGAACCGGAGCAUUAGUUCUGUCAGCAGUGGGUCUAUGUCUCCCUUGUGGGAAGGCAACUUCUCAAGCAUGUUUGGGACCCUGCCCAGGAAAAGCAGAAGGGGAAGUGUCCGGAAACAACUCUUGAAAUUCAUCCCUGGCCUUCACCGAGCUGUGGAAGAGGAAGAGAGUCGCUUUUAAUGUGUUGUGGUGCCCUUUCAUAUUAGCUUAUUUCGUAAAUAUCUUUAGAUUCGUUUAAAUCUGCUCCACCCAGCUUGGUGGGAAAGUGCAGAUGGAUUGCAAAACUGACAUCCCAUUUCAUGGCUACAGUGACUUUUAUUUAAAUUUUUGUAUCAUUAUUUUUGCUUCUUAAAUCAUUUUUUUAACCAGAACAGCUCAAGUUCUAAGUAGGAAGUAGGGAAAUUAAGUAAUACAUCAGAAAAUAUAAUAAAUUAAUAUAAGUGCUUGCUCAUUUCAGUGCUGCCUGUGAAGGCAAGAGUAGUAUUUAUUUUCUAUAUUUUUCAUGUGAAAAGUUGAGAACUUUUUGGAGUCGAGUGUGAAUAAGAAAGUGACAAAAUAUAAUUAUUUGGAAUACCUUCUGUAGGUUAAUUGGUAGGUUAUAAAACUGCUUAAGCUCAGUUGCCUUUGGGAAGGCUUAAUAGUAGGUAAUUUUGAAUGUUUCUGUUCAACUCUAUGAAAGAUUAUAAACAAAGAUGAUCGUCAGCCAUUUUGACAUUCACAGUGACAAUAAAGCAGGAAAUAGAAGAUUUCAUACGGAGGUUUAAAUUUUACGAGAUCCAUGGAAAGAUGUUAUCUAAGAUGGGUGCUGAGGAAGAUUAUAAUGUCUUUUUCAUAGGCAGCCUAAACAAAAUGAGUGGGAGUGUCAUUCUUACCUGAUUCAGCUUUUCUUCUGCCUAAAUGCUAAUGACAAAUCUGGAACUCUCAAGAUCCUACAGCUUUGUAAUUUUUCUCUCAAACCAAUGUCUAAAAUUUGAAAAAUUAGAGUCAGGAAAUGGAUUUUUCCCCAGCAGAUUUUUUUCACAUUACUCUUCACUUUAUAUUAUAUAUUCCAAAUAGUUAUUGCCUCAGCAUGCUUUUGUCUAUUAGUUAUGUUAGUGUCACAUUACUUUUCUUUUAAUCACAUUUUUACUCAGUACCUAUUAAAGUCCAUGAUUUCUCUGUUCUGGUGAUACAGCUGCUCAUUACCUAUAUUCUAGAGUAGAUAACAUGGACAAUGCAAUUAAUAGUCCUCACUGAUUUUAAACUCUGUGCAUGUGCGUGUGCGUGUGUCAAAUAGAGACAUUUGAUAGUUGACUUUCAGUACAGCUGCUACACCCAAACUAAGCAAAGAGUGAGUCAUUUUGAGGGAAAAAAAAAGUUAAGGGUAAGAAAGCUUUUAGGGUAAGUAAUAAGAAAUAAAAUUAAAUACAAAGAGAUUUCUAAUUGGGACUUGCUUUCUAUUCAUUCUUUGAACUCAAAAGCAUCCAGUGGGCUCUGCUUGAGAACCAUUCAUGUAAAAGGCAGGGUUUUCACAGGAGCAAUAGCAAUCUUGUCUGUUAUUUACUGAAUGCAUAGUAGGUUAAAGAUGCUUUGCAUGUGAUCCCAGAAGUAACCCGGUAGAUAGAUGUUAGGCAUACAGAUAAGGAAGCAGGAAUUCAGAGAAGCCCCUGUGAUCAGAGGCAGGGACGUUGGAAGUCAGUUCUUCCCACCCUGGCCUAUCUUCUUAGUUUCUCUAGAUAUUUGAUACCCUUUUGCUGGUUCUGUGUAGUUAUCACCACAGGACUACCCCCGUCCCAAUCCCAGGAAUAUUUUAAAUGUGCGACUGUAGUUACUACAUGGAUAAGGAUAUUGUAAAUAGGAUAAAAAGUUCCUACUUGGUAAAUAGGAAAACAAACACACAUUGAGGGUGACUUUUUCUCCUGGCCUCCACAUGCAAGUUUUCAAAUGUAAGCACAUUAAUAACUGCAUGGUUAGCGAUACAUUUAUUUUCAACAAGAGUUUGCAAAUCAAUUGUAAAUCAAUAACAAUUGCUAUUGCUCAUUUCUCAUCAUAGCCUAGAAUUAUGUUAAAGAUCUGCUUACAUGAAUGCAGCAUUUUCUGUUAACCCUAUUUUUGCCAAGUUCAGGGGAAAGAAAUAACAUAUUUAUUUGAGGAAAGAUGACUUUAAAGCCUUCUACAGUGUGAACAAUGUUUCAAGAACUACCACAGUUCACCUGGAAAACCAGUAUAUCAUUUGCUUUUCUGUGACUUUAAGUGUUAAAUAUAAUGUUAUACUUCUUUUUUACAGUAAACAUCCAACCCAAAAUGGUACUGGGAAGAAGCACAGGAAGUUUCACUGUAGUCUGUGAUAAGAAGAAUUAAGAAUCAAGAGUUCAGUAUGUUCUGAAAAAAACUAGUAAAGCACUUUUUAACCCAAGUACAGGAAGGAAGGGUAUGUCAUGUUCUGUGUGUUCACAAGUUGUAAGAAAACUGUUGUUUAGUGGAAAUGUGGGUAAAUUUCUCACAGCACAGUUUUUCAGACUGAGUCUGACCUCAGAUGGGCUUUAGAAGAUUUCAUUUUGCUAAUCUUCUGGUGCACAAUGACCACAAUGGCUCACUUUGAUGAAAUUUACUGGGAAAAGAAAAGUGAAGAGUUUUUUCUUUUAACCUUAAAGUUGUCAAAUAAGUAAUAUUGGUGACUUUAAUUAAUUGGCAAUUUGUUUUGAAAAUGCUUUUUCUAGUAUGGGAUUGAUUGAUAAGCCAAAUUUCAAUCAACAUAUUGGGAGUUACUCUGUCAUGUGACUAAAGGAACACCACAAUGUCAAAUAGAUUGGAGCUAUAUUUUUUCAAAUGAAUUUUUCUUUAUCACUUUCUACUUUGCAGUUCCUUUAUAUCUUAGCUGCAUGAUACAAGCAGUAUUAAAAAUCCUAGUUUGAACUGAAGAAAUCAAACUGGGACACAAUUUUGUGUGUACUUACCAUAAAGUAUACAAUAUAAGCACAGUAGAUAAAUGUAACAACUGUAUCAAACCCUUCAGAUCACAAAAUUAUUGGUGCUUUAUAUCUAUUUCCUUAUAGAACUAUAGGCAAUAAAAUGAAAAUUUGAUACUCUUCUGAAAUAAAGAAUGUUGUUUUUCAGUUCA